AAGCAAUCGGUGGAGAACAAAGGUAAAACCGCAAGAUAGAUAAUAAAGAAUGUCCCACUAACGCACCAGUUUUCUAAAACUCAUUCGUUCUAAAAAUCCAUAACUUAAAAUUUGAAACGUAAAGACUAAGAAAAGGCUCUGGUUUUCCGUUGUUGAGUUCACUUUUACAGAUGCAUCUUUUGUUGUACGCAAUUUUCGUUACCUGCCUGCUGGUGGUGGCAGAAGAAACUUGCCCGGAUGGGAAAACCUGCCCAGAAGGUACAAAAUGCUGCGCAGCUUCUUCCGAUCGCUACAAAUGUUGCGAGAGUGCGGUACCUGUUAUGCAAGGGAGUAAGGGAAAGAUUCAUGAAAUGACAGUCGGCAAUAAAUCUUCACCUGAUGAUGUUUCGAAUGCAUAUGGUGUUUGCUCUCCAUAUAAUUGUGCUGGUACAUGCUGCGAUAGUACCAGUUGUUGCGAGGGUCACACUUCUUGCUGUCCACCACAUAACGCAAAAGCCUGCUGCCAUGCUGGUGCUUCGUGUUGCUACGCUUUGUUGGACUAUGGUUGCUGCGGGAUGGGUGACUUCUGCUGCAAAUCUUCAACCCAAGCCGGCUGUUGCCCCGUUGGCAGUGAGUGUUGCAAAUCUUUAAGUACACCCGGUUGCUGCCAAUCUGGAUAUAAGUGCUGUUCAGGAGGAUACUGCUGCAAAAGGUCACAGAGGUGCGGUCCUAUAGGCUAUUGUUACAACGGAACGAGUGCAAUUUCCUCUUUGAUGUCCUUUAUUGCCUUCUUUGCAAUGCUGUCUUUGGCUCCUUGGAGAUUUCUUCAUUAAGAAAUUCAUAACUUCCAGUGGCACCUCUGCAAAGUUAAGCAAUAUUUAAUUAUAAAACGUGUGCAUUAUAAUUUUAACUUCUUACAGUCUCUUCAUGAGUAAUGGAUGUCAUAACGAAUUCGUUUUAAAGAUAAAUGUUUGUAAAACAUGCUCUGUGUUUUGCUAAGCGGUUCGUGAGCAACGAGCCAAAGAAAUAAAAUUCUUUUAGAAAUUUUAUUAUCUUGUGCCUUCAGUUCAGAUUUUCUGUCAACCUCCUGUCAACCCAAGACGACUCAAAUAUUUCACAUAGAACAUGGUCACAGUUAGACAUCGACCGUUCCCCAGUGUUGAACAAGGAAAGCCCAUCCCCCUAGGUCCUAGGACAACCUUCGAUAUCUGACCAUGUAACGUCCCCAUAACCAAUGGGGAAGGCAACACAGUACCAGUGCGCUCUCCCGUCGAGCCUGAACCUACCACCAAAUAAACAAUGGUUCUAAACUGCAGGGUAUGGACCGAUUACAGGUUCCAGUUAACUGCUUAAAUUCCUACGUUCUUCUUAAAAUCUGCAUAAUCCUCUGGAGGGAACGGCCUCGUAACUCGGUUCGAAGUGAUAGAACAUUUCAAACUUCCCUUUCUUGAAAGUAGAAUAAACUUCAGUUUCCCUCAGUUUGAAAUUCAAUAAACGUAUCUUGAAUUUAAAAUUUAAAUAAUAAGUAUAUCUCACAUUUGCUGUUAUAUUACAAUACGUGCCGAACAAUUUUCAGUAGGAGAAUACAUGCGCGAACUUCCAAUUUCUACUUAAUUUAUUAUUAUUUACUAGUCAUACCUUAUUUGAUUUCUAAGUAUUAUACGUAAGUUUUUAUGAAAAUACCGGUAUAAAGAAGAAAGCCCAUGUGAAGAGAUUUUAUCCGAUAUCUCUAAUUAAUGCCCACUCUGUAAAUGCAAUAAAUUGUAUUUAUAUUUCACAACAGUGCUCUUGCUAUCUAGUUCUGUAACGUCAAUAAAUCCUUUUUAAAGAGUA